UGAAAUGCAUUCAAAUGCAUGAAACUGAUUUACUUCAGUUAGGCUGAUUAUCUCAGUUCCACUUAGGAGCCUGGGACAAUAUAGAGUAGGGCGGUUUGACUUAGAUGCCAACCUUGGAUCAACUUCGAACUUGGAUCUCGCGAGACAAUGGCUAUCAACUUGUCAAAGAGAACACCGAUCCCUGGGAUGUCCAGAUAUCGAAGAUGUCGUUCUCCCAACACGGAUCCUUUACUUCGGGACAACAAUCGAUCUGCAAGACGUUCACCUCUUAACCUCAGAGGGUUAGACGGGCAAAUAUGUCGCGCUGAGUUACUGCUGGGGAGGGCAAAAUUCACUGGUAGCAACUAAGGCAACGACUGAACAAAUGUCAAGAGGCAUCGCACUCGCUAGUAUGCCAGCCAUGUUUAGAGAUGCCGUGAUUGUUGCACACAGACUUGGAUUUUCAUACCUAUGGAUUGACUCUUUGUGCAUUCUUCAAGACUGUCCAGACGACUGGGACAGGGAGUCAGGCGCGAUGGGAGAGAUAUAUCGACGAGCUGCCAUUACAAUUGCGGCUGCAAGUGCCCCAAAUAGUCACACGGGACUUUUAAGUGUACCACCUCAGGCAUCCAAAGAAUUAGACCCGCCUUGCCAGCUCAAGCUUCAUGCGAACUCCGACUCGCGAGAUACAGUCUCUCUGACAAGAGUUGAUUGGAGAGAGGAGGACCUCUUCUUUUGCCUAUUUGACGCACCAUUAGCAAAGCGAAGUUGGACACUGCAAGAACGACUAUUGUCUCACAGGACUCUUUAUUUCGGGAAGAGGCAAAUCUAUUGGGAGUGCCAAGGAGGACACCAUGCAGCUGAUGGAGAACAAGACUCUCCAGUCAUCGAAUCCUUCUUCGUCAACUUUCUAUCACUCACAACGCUUUGGGCGACCUCAAAUUACAUAGUAGCCCACUCUGAAGCAAGAGGAGACGACAUCUACAACCUGUGGCACAGUGUACUUUCCCUCUACUGCGACAACCGAGAAUUAACAUUCGAGAAAGAUAAAUUUCCUGCUCUUUCCGGACUAGCUUCAUAUAUCCAUCAACUCACCAAUGAUAUUUAUCUGGCAGGGUUGUGGCGUAACGAUCUGCACCUGGGGUUGCUAUGGAAGAGCUGGUCGAAAACAAGGCCAACAAAAGCGUUUCGCGCACCUUCAUGGAGUUGGGCAUCCUGCGAAGGAGAGAUCCACUUUGCGCGUCCAUUUUAUCGACGGGUGGCGACACUCGAUGAUGCAGAAUUCAUAACAUGUGAUAUCGGCCUGGUUCAGCAGAACCCUUUCGGUGAAGUUAAGUCGGGAAGACUUCGGGUAAAGGGGCGUACUCAGUCACUAUUUCGGAGCGAAAGGCAAUACGAUAAAUCGGUUCCUUUAGCCGGCUUGUACUAUUUUGACCUCAGCCAGGUGAUUAUGAUUACAAUUGGGGCGCAAUUAAGUUCGAAUUGCCUGAAGAUGUUAGUAAUUGCAUACUGAGGUAUGAUCCUAAAAACCUCCGCAAGCAGGCAUACAAGCUACUUCUCAUCGGAUCCACCAUUCAAUCCCCGGACGAUGGAAGGAAUCAUGAUUCAACAAAUUCGCCAACGCAGAGGGAACACAGCAAAUGGAAUGCUUUGAUCAUUGAUUUGGUUGAGGGAGAGCCGAGCGUUUAUCGUCGUGUUGGAAUAGCAUCUUUCGAAAACCCGAACAUUUCUAUCGAAAAUUGGGCCUGGGAGAUAGUUUCACUAGUUUAAUUAAAAGCGUUCUUUCUUACAUUAUAGACCACCUUUACGAGUGUAACAACCCUAGGGCUGUUGAGAGGGCAAUAGGAGGGAUCACAAUAUAGCAAAGAAGUAGCUGUGUACGAUUCGUAGUAUUAUGCUCAAGUCCAGGUCCUUAAUUAGAAAUGAAACUCAAGCUUGCUUUUCCCCCGUAGGCCAACUGCCUAGUAU